CAAAAUGGAGAAAAAAGAACGAAGUAGAUCCCGUUCACCAAUCAUGAUGAAAUCUGUAGACAACUCUACUACUAAUGUAAUAGAUGCCCGAGAAGACACUGAAACUAAACACAAGGAAAAUAUUGUUAAACAGGAACCUCUUCAUAUAAAAGAAGAAUCGAGCAGUUUAGAUGUUCAAAUAGUGGAGCUUGAUCAGUCCUUAAAAGCUGAACAAAUUGAAAUUUAUGAUUCAGAUGAUGAUGUUGAUGUUGCAACAUCAGAAACUUCUAAUCGUGCACCUGCAAGACAAUUUCAUAAAACAAAACAUUCACCUUGUACAAUGCUUUGUAUAUCAAAUCUACCCUCAGGCUACGGUUUAGGUAAAUAUAGAAAGAUGAUACUGCAGGCUAUAGGUAAUGCAACAAAAUAUUCAGUAUUCUUUUACGCACCUAGAGAUGUAAACCGUUCGCUUAUUGGUGAGAUUCUUAUUCAAUGUGCUAAUCCUGUGGAAUGCAGUAAUGUCUUUCGUCUCCUGCGAAAGAACUUUGAGCCACCAAUCAUAGUUGUCAAAGAUAAAGGAAAUGCAAUAGCUCAAAAAUUUGAUUAUAUACCAAGGGAAUUUGCACAAUUCAAACUCAACCCAAAUUUUAAUAAAGGAACAGAGUUUACAGUGAUGAGAGGCUUUUUGAAUCAAGUUCAAAUUAGAAAGUCUCAGAAUGAUGUGCAAAAUCCUAACCCAGCAUCAUCUGUCAUACUGGAGGAUCCGUCGGGUGUCAAGCCACUAUGUAACAUUGAUACUCUGCCAAAUUUUAAACCAGUGUUUGUAAAGCCUGAUCCGCCUGUAAAUAACACAUUUGGAUUGAAUAUGCAGUAUCUGAAUAAAAUAGGUGUUCGCCUUCCAUUAAAAAACAGAGUUUUUGUUGAAAAUAUGAUUCCACAAAUUACGGUGGAGAAAGUUCGAGAAGUAUUUAGUUUAGCAGGAACUGUCAGACAUGUUAAAUUAACUAUAGAGAACCCCACAUCAUUCAAUAAUGCAGUAGUUGAAUUUGACCAUCCAGUGGAAGCUGUGCAGGCAAUAUCUAUGCUAGAUGGUCGUAAACUUUACAACCGAGUAAUGAAAGUAUGUUUCGAUUCGUUGCAUAAUCCUAAACCACUACCUCUUGGCCUAGAAUCCAUUGGGCCAGGACUUGGGCCCAAUGGACAGCCUCUAAGAGCCAUCCAUGCAACUCUAGCGGUGAAACCUAUUAUAGAUGCGCUGCAACAAAUGGGCAAAUUAAGUUCCAGGCAUAACCAAUCUAUAUAUAACGCAAAUAUGUUUAAACGUGCAGAGAACAAUCCAGUCAAUCAGAGUAAUGUAACAAAUAACAUAAAUGCAUCGAAUCAGCCGAAUUAUUCAUUUGGUUCAAAUUCUUUACAAACUGCUCCAAGCCAGAACAUGCAAGCAAAUCCGAAUAUGUGGUGUAACACCCCCAAUUUAAACCCAAAUACUGUCUUAGCUCAGUUCGGGUUAAAUAUGGAGCAAGUUAUUGCAAACAUGGGACAAAAUAUGGCACAAUAUAUUUCGUGCAUGGGGCAGAAUAUGCCGAGUAUGGGACAAAAUAUUCUAAAUAUGGGGCAAAAUAUGCCAAAUAUGGGACAAAAUAAGGUAAAUAUGGGACCAAAUAUGCCAAGUAUGGGACAAAAUAUGACAAAUAUGGGUCAAAAUAUGCCAAAUAUGGGGCAAAAUAUACUAAAUAUGGGACAAAAUAUACCAAAUAUGGGACAAAAUAUGCCAUGUAUGGGACAAAAUAUGCCAAAUCUGGGGCAAAAUAUGCACAACAUAGAUCAGAAUACGCCAAACUUCAAUCAGUAUUCGGGUAACAACAACAAUUUUGGCCCUCCAACAACUUUUAACGCUUCAAGUCCAAAGGAAUCUUCUGUGGUACCUAAUAAUAUGACAAGUUCAGUCGAAUAUUCUGCAGAAGGACAAAAUCAUCCGCCUGAUUUAAGUUUCAAUUCUGAGAAGCUUGAUAAGGUACCUACAGACGAUCGACAAAAACAAAAAGAUAACGCCACAAAGAAAAAUGCCUUUAUGCUAGUGUUUUCCAAUCUUCCCAAUAGUGUCAACACUGAAGCUUUAAACGCUAAAAUGCGAGAAGUGGGUAAAAUUGUCUUUGGAGAGAUGACUGGCCCAGGACGGGCCAUAGUCCGAUUUCAGAAUUCUGCAGAUGCGGAACGUUGCAUCAAAUUAUUCGACCAUUCCAAGGUAGACGGCCAGGUUAUCCACGUAAAAUAUUUCUAAGAAUUUAAUUCCGUCUCUGCCUGUACGCAGCUGCCAAAGAAGAUUGAAGAUUUGCUUUUUUAAGGAGUUUUAUUACGGUUUAAAUUUAGUUUAUACUAUAACGGCACCGGUAUUUACAUUUCUAUGACAUUACGUUCGGAUAUUUUUAAUAAGAUUAUGCACACAUAAAUUGGUGAACUUAAUAUCGAAGUCUUACCCACUUUAAGUAGAAAGCGUAUGGGAGUUUUAGUAGUAAAACAUCGCA